UUUCCAGUGUAGUGUGGGUAGCUUUGCAAAACUAUUUGUAACCUUGGAGUUUUUGGAUGCUCUCUCUGUUCAAAUAAUUUUUACUGAAGAUUUAAGUGGAUUUUUAGGAUUUUCAGCAGGUUUUCAGUCAAAAUGAAACUGGUUCUUCAAAUUGUCCUUCUCUACUGGAGUUUAUUAACUGUAUUUGUCCUUAAUGUGGAGACAGCAAAACUGGACUUAACUUCAGAAUUGAAAAAAAGGUUAAACACAUGGACCUUGAACAGGGUGAAAAGGGAUUUGAACAGCUUAUCCAGUUCUGAGCUGAAAGGACUGGACACAAACAAGCAGCUGUAUGUCCAACCUGAAGAUGUCAAAGAUUCUUUGACUCCCCAUUCUAGUACUGGUAUCAAUAUCCGUGUGAAGAGGUACAGGAAUUCUGUGAACCACUUCCAGUCCCUGAGGUCAGGAUGCCACCUGGGGACCUGUACAGUCCAUGAGCUGGCCCACCGUCUCUACCAGCUCACAGACAGGGACAAGGACAACACUGCCCCGCUGAACAAAAUAAGCCCCAAAGGUUAUGGGAGGAGAAGGAGAUCAGUGCCAGAACACAAAGUCAUCUUUCAGCUUUUGGGGAGGAAGCUGCAGCCAGUUUGGUCCAGGACCAGCAACCGAGUCGGGAAACUGCAAGAAAUCCUCAAACGGACUUGAGGGGAGCGCAGCGCUUAGCAAAACUGAAACGUUCCAACAAAUUCCAAAAUUCUACAGAUGCCUGAGACUCCCGCCAAGUCCAUUCAGUCACGUUUUUUUUUUGUUUCCAAGGCGGUGGAAAUGUCUUGAGGACUGACUUGUACUGUCAGAAGUGUUUAGCAGACGAGAACCAGGUGGCUAAAACUAACUAGGGUGAAGCUGGGACUUGCCUAUUCGGCACUGCAGUACAAACACUGAUUAACUGUCCAUGGCAAAGGACACAGUCAUAAUCGAUGCCACUGCUGAGGCCGAGGGCAGCCGCUACAGAAGGAAUUCCACUGGAGUAGAUUAAUCUACUUUGCAUGGAAGAUUCAGAAAGUAUUGCUGCUUUCUAAAACACAUUAGAAAAAGGAGAAAUGUGCAUCCAAAUUGCCCCCCCUCCCCCCCCCCCCCACCGAUAAAAUAUAGGUAGUUGUUGUUUUGUAUUAAAGCAUCUUGGGUUUGGACACUGUAUGGUGAAAAAGACUGUUCUUUAGAUUCCCUCAAUGGGGAAUCUUUACAUUAAAAAAAGCCAGUCCAUAAUGGAUUGCAUCAUACUUGAACUUAAUCUUUAUAGAGAAAAGUGCAAUCUAUAUAUUUUAUUGCCUGUGGUGUAUAUAAUGUAUUAAAAUGUCAAUAUUUAAGUGUUAUGUUUCUGUUUCUCGUAACUGUACUUCUGGAGAUAGUUAUUUUUAUACGUGAAUAUGAUAUGUAUAAGGGCAUUGUAGCGUUUUCUUUUUACCAUUUGUUUGUAUUAUGGAUGUCAAGUGCUAAAAACUGGUAGUAAACUUCUCUUUUUUUGUACAUGCUAGACUUGUUAUUAUAAAUUUGUAUAUGUUGUUUAAUCUAUUUUGUCACGUGUAAUAUGGUAAAACAAUAAACAUAUGUGCAUAUA